GAACUAUCUGCAAAGAUCACAGUGUGACGUAAACGACGAUCUAAACAAGUAUCAGCUGUGUAGCAGUCAUUGUUCGUAUCCGUUUUGGCAGGCGUACAAGAAUUCUGUUUUUCUUCGUUUUUCUGAUCGUCGGGCGUGAGGUCCGACGGGAUAAACGGGAUACACAUCAGUCAGGGAGAGAAGUGGCGAAAAAAAGGGGGGAGGCUACGAGUUUUCCGUGCAACGCGACCGUGUGUGGCUGCGUGCGUACUCCAGCCCCAGCCCCACCAGCCGAUCUUAAGGACAAUAAUCGUGUGAAAAACGGGGCGGUACGCGCAUAAGCCUGGCCUCGAGCAGCGAGUCAGAAGACGGUGGACUCGCUCCGCCACCGUGCAAAAGGUCUCGUAGUUCCCUCCCGGCUACCCUACGACCAGCGGACGAGCACCACACCGACCCUGAGAUGGAAAACUAUCGAAUCUCAAGACGUAUCGACGUCGGAUUCCUUUCAUAUGUGCUGUCUAUCAAGCGGUUUUCUUAUUUGUUCAAAUCCUUUCAUCGAGUAGUCAUAGAUCUUUCGUACAUUGCAUUUUAAAUCUCUUUAAACGAAUCAGAAAAAAAAAAGUAAUAAUAAUAAUAACAGAAGAGACGUUUGAGUCAAGAUAGAAUGUACCACACUUAGUACAAGCGCGUGUUACUAUUCUGGACUACUAUUGCCGUCACGGGUAACAUUUCCCUGUGCAUGACAGCAUAAUGCAACAGCAGGCUUCAAACGGUGGCAUUUCCUCCGGGCUACAGCAGAAUGGGUCCGACUCCGGCGGACCUCAUGCAAAUGGCAACGUGUUACCAGAAUCGGAUAAUGACAUCAAUGGUGUAAAUGGGGAAACGAAUCAGAAUAUGGGACCGCCGAAAGUAAUGGACAAAACCAAUCAAGACAUUGUCAGGCUCAUUGGACAACAUUUGAAGACGGUUGGACUUAAUCGCACAGCAGAUCUCCUGAUGCAAGAAUCUGGUUGUCGUUUAGACCACCCGUCGGCAGCGAAAUUUAGACAGCACGUAAUGGACGGUGACUGGACAAAGGCGGAACACGAUCUUAGCGAACUAAAAACAUUUUUAAACGGAGCGAAUCAAAGUCUAAUAGAGAUGAAGUUCUUGUUACUAGAGCAAAAAUAUUUAGAAUACUUGGAGGAAGGAUUAGUAUUGGAAGCAUUGCACGUUUUACGCAAUGAACUGACACCGUUAGGGCAUAACACUGGUCGUGUUCAUCAGUUAUCUGCAUUUAUGAUGUGUAGUGGACGCGAUGAAUUGCAGACACGUGCAGGCUGGGAUGGCAAAGGUGCAGUCUCGAGGGCUGCUCUAAUGGACAGACUACAGAAAUACCUGCCACCCUCCAUUAUGUUACCACCGAGACGCCUUCACUCUCUCUUGUGCCAAGCUGUGGAAAUGCAAAAUCAACAAUGUACAUACCAUGUAACACAAACUCAGACAAGCUUAGAAAAUGUGUCGCUACUCGUGGACCACAGCUGUAGCAAAGAACAGUUCCCAUGCCAUACUAUACAGGUGCUCAAUAAUCAUUGUGACGAAGUGUGGUAUUGUAAAUUCUCUCCCGACGGUCGCAAGCUAGCCACGGGUUCGAAAGAUAUGACUGUAAUCAUUUGGGACGUCGAUCCAGAUACACUGAGGGUGACACACAGGAAAACGUUAGAAGGUCACACUUAUGGGGUGGCGUUAAUCGCAUGGAGUCCCGAUAGCAGCCUUUUAAUUGCCUGCGGACCUGAAGAUUGCCCGGAGCUUUGGCUUUGGAGUAUCGACCCGCCUGAUUACGAACUACGCGCGACAGUCACUCAAAGCACUGACGACUCACUAACAGCUUGUGCCUGGUAUCCUGACUCACGGAAGUUUGUCGCGGGAGGGCUUCGCGGACAGUUCUAUCAAUUUGACAUAGAAGGCAACGUCACGGAGUCUUGGGAAGGGGUCAGAGUGAAGUGUCUGUGGUGCAAAAACGACGGGAAAACGGUCCUGGCUGCCGACUCGCAUCAUCGAAUUCGGGGAUACAACUUCGACGAACUAUGCGAUGUUACAAUAUUGCAAGAAGAUCAUCCCCUAAUGUCCUUUAGUGUAAAUAAAGCUGAUCGACUCGCGCUUCUCAACGUAGCUAAUCAAGGUGUACACCUUUGGGAUUUGCAAGACAGAUGUUUAGUAAGACGUUUCCAAGGUGUAACUCAAGGCCAUUUCACAAUUCACAGUUGUUUCGGUGGUGUGAAUCAAGAUUUCAUUGCAUCCGGUAGUGAAGAUACUAAAGUGUACGUAUGGCAUAUCAAAAGAGAACUACCUAUAGCAACUCUAACAGGACAUAGUAGGACAGUGAAUUGUGUAUCAUGGAAUCCCGUGUAUCACCAAAUGAUGGCUUCUGUAUCAGACGAUUGCACAGUAAGAAUAUGGGGCCCUAGAUCGUCCACGCCGGAGAAAGUCGAUAGUGACAAGACUGUACCAUUAGAAAGCAACUCUUCGAAUGGUAGUGGAUGGCAUGAAAUGGUAUCGUAGCGAACUACAGUAUAUCAGUGUUCCCAUGACCUCAUGGUGUUCAAAAGACUGUCAUAUUGAUCGUUAUACUGACUCUUUCCUGCCCAUAGCAGUUAUCUCUCUUUAUGCCUCGUUACCGUAAGUCUACGACUACCGUUGUGAGACGAGAGAUACGUUAGCAUCAACUGCUAAUCUGAUUAAACAACUAAUGAUCGGGUGUAUUUAAAAACCUCUCUCUUCUUGAUUAACGGAUUUUAUAUGGAAAGUCUUGUUUCUUUUGGCUAUCGAAAUUAACCGGUACACACGCGUUCAAUAAUGUACACUUCUCUGAGAACGAAUGACAGCAUAAUAUGUUUGCUAUUAUAGUUUACGAUCAAAUAAAAAUUCAACAAAUUCUACCGUAGCUUGGAUGUAAAGAAAAAAAAAAUAUAUUAAAUGUGCAGUAAUAAAUAACGAAGCAAUGGACAUUGCAAGAAGUAAAAUUUCUAGUUUUUGCGCAAUUAUCGUAAAGGAGGAGGAGGAAUAUUGUUUUGACAAGGACUAUGUCAAAUUUAAUCUUUCUAAAAAUAAAAUGCUGUAAAUAACAAUCUCAUGCUUAAUGGAUUUUUAAUUAAUUUUUUAAAUCGUUGAUGAGAGUGUUCUCAUUUUUCACAUAUAUAUAUAUGUAACUGCCAUCCUACAUUGAUACCGUAUGUUUCGAAUUGUAUAUGCAGGAUAAAGAAGGUAGAAUUAACGUAAACACUAUACGAGAAGAGUUUUAAUUUUCAUUAAAUAAUUUGUCACGGCGAAUAGGCGAGGUGUGACGUGUGAAGUUUAUAAACGUAUAAACUCUGUUGCGAGACAUGCGAUUCUAUAUUCAAGAUUAGUCAGAAAAUUUAACGAACAUUGAUCGAUUUUACUAUAUGAAAUUGAAAUAAAAACUGAAUUUGAAAGUUCAGCAUGAUGUUAGUACCUUCAUUCAAUACUGUGAUUUCAUAUUAUCAUAAAACGUAUGUAUGUACUUGGUAUCGAAAAUUUACGAAUUAAAUUACAUUUGCCUUA